AUGCUAAUAAUAUUAACUUACUUACUCCUAAUCGGAUCAGCAGCAGCUGAUGACUCCUUCAUCUUCGGUUUACACCCAAUAACUACUGAAGAACAAAACUUACAACCAUGUUCUGGAAGAGAACCAGGAAUGUAUAGUGAAGGCUGCGGACCUGAAGUCUUGGUAUGUCAAUCCUCUGAUCGUUUCUACAAUGCCAGAUGUUCUUUCGGAUUAUGGUUCGACCAAGAAGCCCAAGUAUGUGUUAACCCUGACGAUCAUAACUUGUGCAAGUUCGACCAAACCGCUGAAUUCGUCAACUCUCUGGUACUUGCAGAGGUUCCCCAACUCACAUGUAAUGGAAUUACCGACGGAGUUCACCCCGUUACACUUUGCUCAAUGUCUUUCCUUCGUUGCUUGAACGGUGUCCCAACUCUUUUCGAAUGCCCCGAUGGUAUGGCUUAUUCUUCUGAAGAAGACAACUGUAUCGACAAGGAUGAGCUAGAUGAGUGUCAGAACUUAUCUAUCGAAGGUCAAUUCAGAACUGAAGAUGGAGCUGUCUCUGAGUGCGAGAGAGAUGGUAUUAUACCCUCAAAAACUUGCUCUCCUAUGUUCAUAACCUGCAGCAAUGGAGUUUCUCAUGUCAUGUCCUGCCCACCUUCUCUUGUGUUCGAUAGACGUAUUCAAGCUUGCGAGUUCCCUGCCAACGUUUACGAGUGUCAAGCUUCUAGCCUUCCUACUGAUUGCUUGGAAGACGGUUUGUUCAGUUUCGGAAACUGCUCUGACAAAUUCAUCGCUUGUACCAACGGACGUGCAAUCACCAUGAACUGCCCAUCUGAGUUAGCUUUCGAUGAAUCCAAGCAACUUUGCGAUUAUCCAUUCGAUGUUGCUGAGUGCGAGUCCUCUGGUGAGGAAAGUUCUGGUGAAGAAGGCUCAGGAGAAGAAGGCUCAGGAGAAGAAAGUUCUGGUGAAGAAGGAUCAGGAGAAGGAUCUGGAGAAGAAGGAUCUGGAGAGAGCUCUGGUGAAGAAUCUGGAGAAUGGUCUGGAGAAGAAUCAGGAGAAGCUGCUUUGGAAGAAAUUGAAGAAGAAAACUCCGGUGAAUGGUCUGGCGAGGAAGUUUUGGCUUCUGGAUCUGAAACAGAAGAGACUUCUGGAUCAGAACCAACUGUAGAAUCCUCGGGUGAUACACUCACUGGAACUGAAUCUAGCGGAUCCGAACCAGAGGUUCAAACUGAAGCUCCAGAGAUCAUUUUCCGACCAAUUGACUUCCAACCUUUCUUCGAUCAGCCAACAAUUGAAAGCUCUGGUGAUUCUGAAGGCAGUGGUUACGGAUCUGGCGUCUACGCCUACAGUUACGGAGAAGAUGACACCAUGAACUCAAGUGGAGAAGGCAGUGGUUAUGAAAGUUCCGGUGUUGAAUCCAGUGGUGUAGAAGAAUAUUCUGGAUAUGGAAUGGCAGAGGUUGAAGGAUCAGGAAUUGAAGACAAUUCUGAAUUCUUAACUUCAUUGAAGCAAGUUGGACCAGAGAGAACUAUCGCAUUAUGUAAGGGACGUGAGAACGGCUUCUAUUCACUUGGAUGCUCCUCUCUUCUUCUGUCAUGCAGAAAUCAUAAGUCUCGCCUUUUGGCCUGUCCUUACAAUCUUAUCUUCGACGAGGAGAAAGGAUAUUGCGAGGCUGCUUCCAACAUCAAUGAAUGCGUACACCGCAAGUCCCACCAUGUUUAUGAGAAUGCUGUUACCGCUGUUCCUACUACAACUGCUGCUUAUGGAGUUCAAGACUCUUUGAAUCGCCUUUGCUCUAACCAAUAUGAUGGCCGUGUUUCAUUGGGAUGUCAAUCCGAAUACUUGAUUUGCAUGGGUGGACAGGCUUUGAAGUCAUCUUGCCCUGAAGGAGAAACCAUUGAUGAGCCUUCCCAAAAGUGUUUGGCAUUGAGAGAGCAUUCUCUCUGCUCCAGAGAGGUAUACGCUGCCCAAGCUUUGUCCGGAGAUGGAACCUACAACGAAGAUAUUGACAAAGAAAGAAAGAUGGAGAAGUUCCUUCUUAAGGAAGAGAAAAAGAUUGUCGAGAAGACUGGCUUCUCUCUGGAAAACUUAAGAGGUGCGUUCCCAUGUUCGGAAGAAGGAGCGUUCUCCAAGCGUAAAUGCUCAAACAAGUUUGUAUUCUGUUCUGGUGGAUCGGGAGUUCACUUGUACUGUGACACUGGAAUGCUCUACUCUAAUGAACUUAAGAAAUGCGUCACAGCUUCAGAUCUCUCUGAAUGCUCUGCUGAAAAUAUUAACAGUUAUUAA